AUGAGUAAUCUGCGACUGCAGAAGCGCCUUGCCUCAGAAGUCCUUGGAUGUGGCAAGAACAAGGUCUGGCUCGACCCCAACGAGAUCCACGAGAUCUCCAACGCCAACUCUCGGCAAAACAUCCGUCGGCUGCUGAAGGAUGGUCUGAUCAUCAAGAAGCCCGAAGCAGUGCACUCUCGCUUCCGUGCUCGCGUUUACGCUGAGGCCAGAAGAAAGGGACGCCACACCGGUCUCGGUAAGCGGCGAGGAACGAAAAAUGCCCGUAUGCCCGAGAAGGUCCUUUGGAUGCGACGCAUGCGCGUGCUCCGAAAUUUGCUGCGCCGUUACCGUGAAGCCAAGAAGCUCGACAAGCAUCUCUACCACGACCUGUACCUCAAGGCUAAGGGCAACUCCUUCAAGAACAAGAGGAACCUUAUUGAAUUCAUCCACAAGCGGAAGGUCGAGAACAAGCGCUCUAAGCAACUUGCUGAGCAAGCUCAAGCCAGGAGGGACCGCAACAAGGAGGCCAGGAAGAGAAGAACUGAACGCAUCCAAACUAAGCGACAAGAAACCCUUCGCAAGUUGUCCGAAUCUGAUAAGGCUGCCGAGAAGAAG